AUGGUGGCUCAACUCUUCCCACCCCGCCAUGUCUACUUCCCCUCCACCCCCUCCCACACCUCCACCGUCAUCCUCCUGCACGACACCAACAGCACAGGCGCCGAGGUAGCCGCCGCGCUGGCCGCCUCAACAACAGCGACAGCUACAGCUGAAAAAUCUAUCUUCGAGCAUUUCCCCUCCUGCCGCUGGGUGUUUCCCUCUGCUCAGCCCCGCCAGAUAGAUACCUGCUAUGCAAGCAGGGGGAACUGGAUCAACGUCGACGUCGACAUUGAGGCAACCACAAGCUCAGACGCAGAUACAAACGAAGACGCAGACACAGACGCAAAUGCAGACGCAAACGUAGAUUCCCCUCAACAACGACAAGCACAGCUCAGCUCUUCCGCAGAAGCCAAAGACGACGACGAAAACAAAGCCGAAGCCCUAGAGGCCUGCGUAGAAUACAUGCUGCAAAUAAUAGAGGAGGAAGUCGGCCGGCUGGGCGGGGACAGUCGCCGCGUGGUGCUGGGUGGGUUCGGGCAGGGGAUGGCCGUUGCGAUUGCUACAUUACUCGCUGCGCGGAGACGAUUAGGUGGGUUCGUGGGUGUGAACGGGUGGGUUCCUUUCACGGAGAUGAUCGAGGGAUUAGGUGGCCGGGGCCGGGGCUGGCUUGCUGAAGAUGAGGCGAGGAUGGGAGGGUCAGAGGGCUCGUCAGGAGUGGACGGGGUUGAAGUGGAUUCUGAGGCUGGGAAGGCAUUGCUGGAGACUCCGGUUCUUCUGAGCUACCUUGAGGAUGACCCAUACGUGGAUACUCGGACGGGGUUGACGGCCUACGAGACAUUAAAUCGCUUGGGGUUUGUCAAGGUGGUUUGGGAUCCUCGUCCUGGUCCACAGCAAGGCGAGAAUUGGCUCUUAGAUGCGAGCCAGUUAGAUACAAUUGUGGGUUUCCUGGCAGAGGUGUUCGGUGGUGAGGAACAACAUCUCUGCUCAUGA